UGGUCAGAGUUAGCCCGUCGGUGAAGUAGCAGUAAGGCUGCAUGGGGUUUAGUCCACCCCUACAACUGGUCGGUGGUACAUUCCGGAGGCGGUAUAAGCCCGUGUUGCUGGCGCGCUUGGCUUUCAGUAGUAGUAAGUGGGGAGAGCGGUGGUGUUGUCGGCAGGAUAAUAGCAGACAGUAUGUAUAAGCCCCUGAAAAGCCGCCAGAGUGAGCGCAGGUCUCCACCGCCCUCCAAUUGGUCUCAGGGAAGCAGUCAAGUGUCGGAUUAUUACUUUAAACGGCGUGAGGAUGAGCGUUUAUCAGACACUGUUGAUGCAAAGCAUGUUAAAGAGCCGAACAGAUGCCAUGACAGGUGUCCACCCCCAUCCCGUUGGUCUCAGGGACGCAAGCGGCAUUCAGAUGGUAACUUUAGACGUCAUGAUGAUGAAGAAUCCACAAUCUUUGAUGAAAAGCAUGCCACAGAAUCAAAUGCGCGUCCUGAAAGCUUCACCACCCCAGAAAGCCACAAGCCAGUGUCCAGAUGCAAAGACUGGGGUACUGCAGUGGAAGAGGAAGAGUCGCUGAAGGAAACAGUGGAAAAAGAUCUGGCCAGGUACAAGCGAAAGCUGCUAAUUAAUGACUUUGGUACAAGAGAAAGAAGAGGGUCCUCUGCAAGCUCUGAUUCAAAAGACUCUUCUACUCAUGGAGAAAUGGAAACAGACCAGGAAGUUCUCACUAGAAGACAGAAGCAGAUCAACUAUGGAAAAAACACAAAUGCAUAUGACCUAUACCUGAAAGCUGUACCAAGACACACAAGACAGCCAGGCGUUCAUCCACGAACCCCCAAUAAAUUUAAGAAAUACAGCCGCAGGUCAUGGGACCAACAGAUCAAGCUUUGGCGUAUUAAGCUACAUGCAUGGGACCCUGUGGAGGAGGGGGAUGACCUGCAGCCGUUUACUGAAGACAUGGUCUGCACAACUGAGGACACCACAGCGGAAGAUCUUUUUACAGGCACUCCGACCAAGGUCAGGAAAGUUGACGCUGAGGGAGACUUUGAUCUGGACGCUUGUUUGCAAGAUACAGGGGAUGCCCAAUGGCUGAACUAGGCGAUAGUCUGACAAGGUUACAGUUCCUCCAAAGCUCGUAUGCACUGUACAUAAGUGUUUCCUGUAAAUUCCCAGCGGAUGGCGCUCCUACCUGUUCUGCAGACUUGCUGGACUCUAACUCCAAUCUAUUCAAGAUAUUUGAGCUGGCAGCUAUAUCUUAAAGCACUUGAUAAUAGCACAGCGGCAGCAUUUAGCUGUGGUCACUGGAUGGCAAUGCUGGAUUAGCAGAAUUCAGAGCGGAUGCAUCUUUUAACUGUCUUUAAAGGACAACAUUGCAGAACAGUUUCCUGGUUAUGCUUUGUCAUUAAACAAGUGGUUUGUCUCAGGUAAUCUUAAAACAUUAGUUGGCUACUUAUGUAGUAGGUUGGUGUUCAGUUCUCGACCUGCUAGCAUUAUCAUACCUUUGCUGUUUGCGGUGUUUUAAAAUCGUUUCCCAAAGGAAGACCCCCAAACACUUUCUGCUUUUGGUUUCUUUCUGUUUUUGUUAACAGUUCACCUUUUUGUCUAUAGUUUGUGGUUUUUUUAAGAGAUUUUACCUUACUAAAAAGUUGCUAUUUCAGUCACUCAUUGUAUAAGAGUCCACAUAACGGGAGGGAAGCUGUUAGAAUACCGCUAAUCGGGAUCCCGGCAGUCACAAUGCUGACGCUGGAAUCUUGACUAGCGGUAAAAUGCUAACGUUGGAAUCCUGGCGACAUGGGCUAUUCUUUGGCAAGCCACUGUGCUUGCCCUGCUGCUGGCAUAAUGGCGGACGGGAUCCCAUCCGCCGGCCUUUCAUACUGAUCCCUAAUAGACAGACAAUAGACAAUGGGCAGUGACCAGAUAAGUCGGACUAUUAAGUUUGGAUUUUAAACCCAGAAACUGUUUGACAUUUGUCCUUAGCACCUGGUGCUGUUUGUGGCAUUUGUCAGCUGUGGCUUGUCAACACUUCAAUAAAUAACUUGUGAGAACUGAUGCUCUGGAAGUGGCAAGAUGUAGUUACUCAGAUCAUAAGUCUAGGUUUAAAGGAAAUAUAGAUUUUUAUAGCAGUGUGCACAUAAUGGGUUUAACUCCCUUUAUUAUUUUUUUUGGAAACUGUAAAUUGAAACCUAAACCAUAGGUUGCCUUGUUACAAUAUAGCAUCUUCUUGCAAUCGUUCAAUGCUUUCUUGUACAUGUAAUCUAUUUCUGCAAUAAGGAACCCUCCAGUAAUCUGGGAUAGUUGGGACUAGAUUUCCAUGUAAUGAAGACUUAAUCUUAUUGUCCCAAAGACAACCGCAAAGUGAUGGCCCUAUCUUUCCAUUAACAUGGCACAUUUAUUGCUUAUCCUGCUGCCCAAAUACAGUAGUGACUCAUUUGGUAAUGAAUGUAUAAAGGAAGACGUAUAUUCAUUGGGGGAAUCCGUUGUUGCACUGGCUGUGCACACUAUCUCCUGUCUAAAGUGACAGGAAAUUGCAGGGGGUAAUUCUAUUGUGUUUAUAUAACACUUGUCUUGCCCAAACAGAUGGGAUUAGUCAUGUAAAACUGCUGAAUGUGCUGGGCUUAAAGUGUAAAGUAUUUGGGCGCCCAACAGGUCACUUAGCUCAUUUCAGAUCACCUCUGGAGGCUGCAAGCUGAGUUGUCACUGGCGUUUGUGCCCAAACGUACCAACACUUGUGGCGGGAACAGUAAAUGCCUGCUUUCAGGAUACAGAAGCCAAAAUCCUGGCACACCAUGGCUAUUCCCACUCGUGCAACCUGAAAUGUGCGCACGUCUGCACUUCCGACAUCCAAAAAGGAGUCAGGAUGUCCAAAGAUUGGAUUAGCUGUGCAACUGUCACUUAUGGGUGGACACGCUACACUGCUGGGUGCCCACAAGAACAAUGUAAAUCUUCCCCCGCCCCUCGUGUGAGAAUUGGGACUAAACUUUUGGACCAUAUUGUACUACAUUGUGGUAGGCCCCAUCACUCAUACCAGGAAUUUCUGCUGGAGCUGGUCUCUAGAUCAGGACUGCUAGUCUGGUACUAUAGGACUGAUAGUGCCGUGCUCACUGCAGGUGCAUUUACAACAUCUGCGUGCAUAUAUAGCCCAUUGUGCAAAUUAUAAAUCUUGAUCCACAAAUCUGGUAGUUGGAGUGGUGCCCCCUUAGUGUCUACUAUAUUUCUCUAACGUCCUAGUGGAUGCUGGGGACUCCGAAAGGACCAUGGGGAAUAGCGGCUCCGCAGGAGAC